CCUACUGUACUUUUCAGUGCCGUACGGACGCUUGUGUAUUUAUGUACACGAGAGGGUGAUUUCUGAAAGAGAUAGAGAGGUUCAGAAAUGGUGGCACACGGAGGUUCUCUGUCAGCGGCGGCUAAACAAGCGGAGCAACUGAAACUACUCGGAAACUCUUGUUUCAAAAAAGAUCGUUUCGGGGCCGCCAUCGAUGCCUACACCGAGGCAAUCACUCUGUGCCCUAACAAUACGGUUUAUUGGACGAAUCGUGCCCUUUGUCACCGGAGACGCAAUGACUGGGCUAAGGUAGAAGAAGACAGCCGGAGGGCUAUUCAACUAGACAACAAGUCAGUCAAGGCCCAUUACAUGUUGGGGCUUGCGCUGCUGCAGAGACAAGAAUAUAUCGAAGGGGUCAGAGAAUUAGAGAAGGCUUUGGAUCUUGGGAGGGGUGCCAAUCCUAACGGCUAUAUGGUAGAGGAGAUCUGGCAGGAGCUUGCAAGAGCAAAAUACCUUGAGUGGGAAAAUGCAUCUACCAAGAGAUCAUGGGAAUUGCAGCGUUUGAAAUCAACUUGUGAGUGUGCUCUAAAUGAAAAGUAUUCUUGUCAUGUCUCCCAAAUGGAAGGGUUUAUAGAUGAUGUUGAUGCUUUGCAUUCAGAAGAACUCAAAGCUUUAGAAAGAGUUUUUUGUGAAGCUGCAGAGGCUGACAUGCCUACCGAGAUCCCAGAUUACUUAUGCUGUAGAAUCACUCUUGAUAUUCUUCGAGAUCCCGUAAUUACUCCAAGUGGACAUACAUAUGAGAGGGCAGUAAUUCUUCAACACCUUCAAAAGGUAACUAACUUUGAUCCAAUUACGCGGGAGCCACUUAAUCCAUCACAGCUUGUGCCAAAUUUGGCAAUAAAAGAAGCAGUUCAAGCAUUCUUGGACAAACAUGGGUGGGCGUACAAAGUAUAG